GACCUUGGCGCGCAUUACGCACGUCUCCACCUGAACUUCCUCAUAAGUGAUUUGCAGACUGAAGCUGGAACAACUGUGUGACACGACAUCUCUGCAAUGGCCGACAAGCUCGCCAAGAUGAGGCGCAAGUUUGUGGAUAAGGUGACGAUAGCAGUUCUUAAUCAGCUCCUGGAUGACAUUCUGGAGGAUCGCAUUGUGAAUGACGGGGAAAAAGACUCGAUACUGGAGGAGAACAGCAGCAGAGAGAACAAGGCACGCUGCCUCAUUGACACGGUGAAGAAAAAAGGUGAUAUAGCUUGCAUGAAGAUGAUCGCUCACCUUCAAAGCAGAGAUCCCACACUUUUCUCUGAGCUGGGCCUCUCCUGUAGUCCGCCUGCUCCACCUGCUGCAGGGCCUAGGAACAUUCAGGAGGAGGGCUGGUCUACCACACUCAUCCCCACUACUGAGGCUUUCUGGAGGCAGAAACAGAACAAUAAAGAUAUUUACCCUGUGACCAUAAAUAACAUCGGGAGUCGUGUGGCACUGCUAAUCACCAAUAUAAAGUUCAAGCUUGAUAAAUUAGUCAGACAUGGAGCUGAGAAAGACGAGUUGAACACGGAGAAACUUCUCACAGAUCUGGGAUACGAGGUGGUGAAACACACAAACCUCACUGCAAAGGCCAUAGAUGAUGCUGUAAUCAAGUUCUCUAAACAUCCAAAACUCAGAGAGACAGACAGCGUGAUGGUGGUUAUCAUGUCUCACGGGAAACGGGGAACAAUCCUAGGUGUCGACUGGAAACCCAGAACUGAUGACGAGGAAAUGGAUGAGUUCUCCAUCGACAACAUUUACAAACACUUGGGUUCAGAGAAUUGUCCUGCACUGCUGAACAAACCCAAAAUCCUCAUCAUCCAGGCCUGCAGAGGAGGUGAUUCCCAUCCAGUCUUUACAGAUACACCUAACUCUCUCUAGCUAGAUCCACACCCCAACAAUAAGUGAUUUA